UCUAAAGACACUUCUUUCCCUCCCUGUCGCAGGAAGCACCUGCACGGCUGUUGAGUUGUGGUUUUGCUCAAUAGCACUUUGAUAUCCCUUAAGGCCUUCUUCAAUUACUCUUCUGUCCCUGCCCAAUUGGACUUUGGCUGAGGCAGAGACGGGGGAGCUUCGAGAGGAUGAUGGAGAGGAAAAGGAUGGAACUUGGAAGAAUGAACUAAAGAUCAGAAACUUUUCUUCUCAGAGUCCAACUGGUCCAUGAUGGUUUGGGGAAGAACCCGCGGAAAGAGAGGGCAGGAAAUUACCAAGCAUCAUCUGGCUGUCUGGCACCAUCAAAGAAUUGCAUUUCUGACCAAGAAGAGCUUAUGGGUGGAUGGGGGUGGGAUGGAGGCUGGGGAGAGGACUGAUGCCAGCCAGCUGCCUCAUGGUGUGCUGGAAACACGUGGCCAUGCCAUUAGCAUCCUGUUGGGUUUCUGGAUGAGUUUCAUCUGUGACACCUACAUAGUCCUCGCUUGGAUCAGCAAGAUAAAAGGCAGCCCUGGUGUUAGUGCCUCCUCUGAUGAGCCACACACCAGAAUCCAGCAGAGCAGAAGGCAAUGCCACGCAGAAGAGGACCAAAGUCAGGUGCCAGAAGCAGGUGACAUCUCCACUCUCAGUUCUUUGGAGGCAGCUAUUUUAAUAGAACCACUUUACUGCAGCUAUUUUGACAUGAGGAUAUUUUGGUAUGGCUCAAAAAUUCAGCCGAUAAAUGUUCAGCUUUUUAAAAAAUAAAUGAUGAGUAAAACAGGCAUCUUGCAGGCCAUCUGUGAGCUUUGCCUCAACCUUGAUCUUCACCCCAUUGUCAAUCUUACCUCCAGGCAUCAAGGGUAUAAGGAUUGGGAACAGAUGAAGGUAAGGACUGGUAGAGGUUCAAAAUGAAAGAAAUAGCAGGUCAGGACCCCAGGAGGGUUGAGGGUCUUUUAAAGUAAAACAAAACAAACAAACAAACAAAAAACAGGGUCAACCAAAUUCAGAAAUCAGGUAGAAGUCAGAGAAGGAAUGAAAGAUGGGAAAUUGGUUAUAAACCAAAUACAGCGAGUCUGAAUUUUGGCUUGUUUUGAGGCUGCUGUAUCAAAACAGUUGUGUUGGAAGAGCUGCAUGAAAUUGUUGGGCAAGACAUAGUCCACUCAUGAUUCAGAUGAGCUCAUUUUGCCUCUUCCAUGGUCGAUUUCUGACUCAUAAAUGUCUAUACAUUUCACUUUAUGGCUUGUGUGAGCCUCAGUUUCCCCACAUAAAAUGAAGAUGAUGAUGCCGGCCCUUCCUCUUCCCCACCUUUUGCUCUCCCUCCAAGUGACAUGAUAAGGAAUGAGCCAACAUCUUGUAAACUGCUCCAGGCCACCUGGAGAAAUGUGCUUGCGUAAAUAGUCGGCAUUAGUGUACGUGAGUCUUCUAUGAGUAAAGAAUUUCAGAGUCGGCAGCCGUCUCUGCCUGGUGAUUCAUGUGGGCACAAUGAUGCCCUUAGCUACAAUGUAUGGUGUGGGUGAUGAAUUUGUUCUUGUCAUGGCAUAGGACUGAGUAUUCUUUACCCAAAUGCUACAGAUUGAGUUUGCACGUGGGAACUAGAUUAGCUCUGAAGACAGCUGAAAGGAACCUGACAUUUCUGCCUGCAAUCUAGAGCUUCAUUGUACAAACAACCGCAGCAGCAUGUUUGUGCCCAACCAUUGGCUUUCCUUUGCCAACAAAGAAAAUCUUCUAAAUUAUUCUGCCAUUUGUCAAACCUGCCAAAGUCCCUGGAGGCAGUUCUGGUAUAACUGAAGGUGGAGAAAGAGAAUAUUCUCUCUACCAGGUUUCACUACUUCCUGUGUUGGUUGUUCACAAGGGGAGAGCUUCUGCAUCACAGGAUGAAGCUUCAGUGAUUUAGACGUGGAAUAUCCUUCCAGGAUUAGGGCAAGGAAGCCCCAGCCUCCAGAAGCCUGUCUUGCAGCUUCCGUGUGGCUGGGCAGCGGCCUUCCUUUGAGCCUUCAGGGUGGAAAUGAAGGACAUGUGUGUCUCUGCAGCACUUCCUGCUUUGGCUCGUCCCUAUUUUCAGAGCCAAAGCACCAUCUCCUCUGGUACAGUUAAUCUUUGUUCCUGCCACUGACCCAUCUAUCUUUAUUACUUUUCACCACGUCCUGGCCUUCAGAUUUCUUAUGGAUUUCUUUCUCAGGCAUUGUGUUUUGAUUCCCUCCUCACAUUUACUUCCAAGUGCCAAGAACAACUCUGUUCCGGCAGGAGGAUAUUAUUUGGCUUAAAAGGGAGAAUGAGCAGUGGCUUCUCCCUGUCAGCAUUCUUUAGGUUUACAUGGGAAUUCAUUCUGGGAACCAUUUAGAGUCUCCUUCAAGCCUCUCCCCGACUGACAAAGUUUCUGUCCCAAAGAGUUCCUUUGCUUCCAUUGUUUCUAAAUGGAUGAUGAGAACCUUUCUUUCUGAGCCUGUGUAGAAGGGCUCAACACCCUUCCCCUCGUUAGUCCCCAGAGAUCUUGGCUGAGCCCACCAUGAAUACACGUUGGGUAUUGUUACCAUUGUUACAGACUUCAGCAUCAACUCCAGUAUUUGAUGGUCCAAUACACCUUGAGUCCUCUUCAAGAACUGUUAGUUUUUCCCACCUUUGAGAACCACACUCACCUUUUAGGGCAGCUCUUCCUAAGUGACUAACAAACACUCCCUGGUUGAGCUGGAGGGGACAGGUCCAGCCAACAAUGACUUCUCUGUUGACAUCACUCAGGCCUUAAUGACACAGACUAGGCACAACAGCUAGUGCCCUCAUGGGUGCCUAUUAAUAUUUUGGGUAAGUUGUGUUGUCCCAUCCACCACUCUGUACAGUGAUUCUGGAAUUUGCUAUUUGAUACGAGCAAAUGAAGAGAUGGAAGGGGCUGUUCACCACUCAGGCUGCAAGCAAGCCUGUCGUGCCCAUCUGCAAAGAGGACUCCUUGUGUGCCUCCAAAAUGGCCUUGUCCUUAACUUGAUCUGCUUGGACUGAUUGCAAACAGUGGCUUAGCUUCCUCUAGAUCAGAGGACAUUCUGUGCUCCCAAAACAGAAUGCUACACAUGGGAACAAGGGAAAGGGAGGCUUUGAGAGGUCAGCCAGCAAGGUCCCUGCUUCAAGCCUAAAACCAGUGUAACUAGGUGAAGAUUCAGCAGGAUAAGGCUUUGCGAGGAAUAUCCCUAGCAUGUCAAGGAGAUCGCAGGUACGUGAAUUGGCUCCUUUUGAGUCCUCCUACAACUCUUAGAGGCAAAUAGGGCGGGUAUUAUUACUCUAGUUCUACCAAGGGAGAAACUAAGUUCUAGAAGUCAACUAAGGAAGUUAUGUAACUUACUGGCAAACAGGACACAAGAAACCUCAAAUUCCUGACAUCUGUUCCAGUUUUUCCCAUCACCCCAUGUUGCCCUUCAGCAGGGCUUAAGCAAAACAGCCAGUGCAAGUCCUAGCCUUUCCAGCUGGGCUGAAGUUAGAAACUGGCAUGGAUUUACCUUGGAGUAGCUGGGGCCUGGGAGGCUACAUAUACUGUUUCUACUUGCUCAUAUUGCAGGGCAAGGCUCUAUGGCUCAGCAGGGCUGAGACUAUUUGGAGACUCUAUUUUUACGUGGUCAUGGUGAGGGGGAGUGCAAAUGAGAAAAGGGUACAACAAGUUGCAUUUGUGUGUGUGUGAGUGUGUGUGCAUGUGCAUGCACAUGUGCACAUGUCUGGACACACAGAUGAGAAGACAUUACUGUCAUGAUGGCUGUUGCAGGUGGAUGGAACAGGUUCCCUUGCAGGUCAUCUGCAGCUUCAUGGACACACUGUGGCUUCUUACCCAGAGAUGCUUCUGCAUCUCUGCCUGAUGACUCUCUCUGGCCACAGAAAUUUGUUAAGCCCCUGCAUGGGGAAGCCCAGAACAGCAUCAGAGUUAAAGGUGCCUGGAGCAACCCUUAACCAAUGAAGGAUGGAGCUGGUUUAAAAAAUAUAUAAUAAAGUCUUUUUUUUUUUUUAACCCCCUGUCAACAGGAAAAUCGACGUGUUUUCUACUCUACUUCUACCCAAGUGCUCUGUGCAGCAUCCUGCUCAUGAAUACCCCCUUUAUUGGCUAACCCGCCUCUCUCUAUCUUGCUUCUCCAAUCCCUCACUGUGUUUCUGGGGAUCACAUUCCCAGUAAACAUCUGCAUCUAGAUUCCUGUUUCAGGAAUUGAAACUAAGACAGUGGCCCGGUUCCUGCCUCCUGAGAGUGCCUUUAUGUGGUGGGUUUUCAGCCCCGCCAGAUUCCUGCUGAGUGGCAGGUAUGCAUUUCCAUGUUGGGCGUUGCCCCCUUUCAGCCACUGGCCAGGAAGAUUGUGGCUCUGGUAGAAAUAAUUAUAGAGUUUGUCAGGUUGGAAGAAUCUCAUCUCCAGGAGGACCCCUCCAGUAGGCCAGCAAGGAUAAGAAACAGAAUGAAGAUGGGUGCAUGCCUGUGGUCUCAAUUGGGGAGGCUGAGGUGGGAGGAUCACCUGAG